AUGACACCUGCCACUUUGGACGAUUUAUGUCCACUCUUGUCCAUUGGGAGCGCUUCUAUCAAAGACGACCGGUUGAGUAAUCCUUCCCUGUUGGGCUUUUGGGGCCCCUCCGUGCCCCAAAAGAUCAUCCCAAUCAGCAUCUUGGGAUUGACUCGGGUGAUUGGUCCCGUUGAUGGCAGGCUUAACUUGGAUGAUUGUCCAAGUGGAACCUGUUGA